AGUAAUCUAGCACGGCGCACUCCUCUCUCUUCAUUUAGUUAAAAGUCAAAACCUACCUCGGCACAUGCAACAAGAGCGCAAGAAGUUAUUGCACAGAUAUCAUACUUUACAAACUAAUUCUAGUACGAGUUGAGAGUUUGAGUUUUAAACGGCAAGAGGUUACCUUACGAUCAGUUAUGACGCGAAUCACCACUUUUCAAGCUGCAGGAAUCCUAGUGGCAGCACUGAUGUGCUUCCCAGCAGUAUGUUAUGCAUACAACAAAACUAUUACUAGAACUUCAACGACCACUGGAGCUAUAACUAAUGGACCUACAACAAAAACUGCAAGCAACAUGACAACUACUGGACAUAAACAAACCACUGCAAGCAACAUGACAACUACUGGACAUAAACAAACCACUGCAAGCAACAUGACAACCACUGGACCUACCACAAUCACUGCAAGCAACAUGACAACUACUGGACAUAAACAAACCACUGAAAGCAACAUGAAAACUACUGGACCUACAACAACUGAUGCAAGCAACAUGAAAACUACUGAAGCUCCAACAACCCCUGAGCCUAAAACAACCGCGGCCAGCAACAUGACAACCGAGAGUGGAACGACAAGCACCACCCAGUCAGUGACACCAGGAGGAACAACAUCAGCCCCAAAAGCCCGAUGGGAAGUGAGGGACAAGGACGGCAAGCUGUGUAUGAUCAUGGACUUCGAUGGAACCAUAACUGAUGUCAUUAAUGGUGUGACUGAAAAGAUACCGUCUCAUGCGUCGACAUCCGCAUCUGAUUGCAGCUCAUCUUCAUAUUCAGCAUUUGUCUUGGAUUUUAAUACUAUUUUUACUGAAUGGAGAAUUGUACUGAACUUCACCACUAGAGGGGGCUCGUUCAUGCUCCACACACUUUCUGCGAGCAGGAGCACCCUUAGAACGCCACUUUCCUCUUCUGUGACCGAAGAUUUCUUUAAUGUGCCUCUUGGUGACUAUUACACCUGCAGUCACUUCAACUACAGUCUAGGCUACCUUCAGCUCAACCUGACCAACCCUUCGCUCCAGCCUUUCGUCCAGAGAACCGAAGGAGGGGACAACUUGGGACAAGCAUAUGUUUGUCGACCUGCACAACAAAGUGACAGUAACACCUUGAAGCUCGAUCGUAAAACCAAAAUCGGCCUCGGGGUCGGCAUUCCGAUCGCGCUCAUAGUCAUCGUAUGCUGUGGGUGUUGUUGUUGUUGUUGUGGUAGUUGUGGUAAUUAUAAAAUGAAUUAUUCAAAAUCAUGUAGAUAUAGCUCCUUUUAGUCUCAUUUCACACCCCCCCCC